CAAGGUGCAAUUCUGUGGGUUUUCGAGUAACGGCAAAAACAUGGCCGCACUGGUGCUGCGGCGCGGAGAACUGCUGCGCAAGCACCCCGCCGGUGAUGGCUCUCCAUGGCAGCGAUGCUGGAUGAAGAUGUACUCGGACCGCGCCGUUGACCACAACAACUCGAAAGUGUUCGAUGUGCCGUCGAUUCAAGCGGUUGCCAAGACCUCGACCAGCGACACCAACGUCGAGUUCGCCGUUACGACGACCGGUGGCACCCGCUUGGUCUUCCAAGCACCAUCCGUCCAGGAAUGCGAUGCCUGGGUGCGAUGUAUCACAGACGCGAAGCGCAUUUGCCUCGCUUCCAACGGCCGCAUGCUGUUCCAACAAGCGCACAACGUUGCGUCUUCGUCGUCGUCCACUGCGCGUACGAGCAGUCCGUUUGUUCGGUUCGACGACAGCGCAUCGUCCUACGGCAGCGACGAUGACGAAGAUGAUGACGACGACGACAGUGACGAACGUACGAUCGUCUCGGCGGCCAAUUCCCCCGUCAAGUCGCCUCUUCGCGAACCGAUGAGUCGUUCGAACGCAGGAACCUUUACCAUUCUCCACGGCUACAUCAACCUGCCCAACGGAAGCAGGAUGAUCAUGGCGCUACCGUACGACGCCGCCGCGCUCAAUGCAAUGCCCGUGUCCGCGUGCAAGCGGGACAUCCUUCAUAAACUCAAGCGCAAAAUCGACACUGACUAUCCUGAUCUCCCAAGCCGCAGCGGCAUGGUGGCGAUGCUGCCGACAGAAGACAGCGGCCACUUUGUGCUAGCGAUACCCGACGCCGUUCGAGACAUUUGGCUACGUAAUGAACAUAAAAAGAUGCGGCACUACCUAGACCAGCGCUUGGACACGGCGACGUCGUCGGUCGUGUGCGUCGAAGUCCGGCUCAUUCAGAGCAUGCCGCCGCCGCCACUCGUCGUGUCGAUUGUGUCCACGCUCACCAAAGUUAGCGACUUGUCCCAAAAGGAAUACACUGUAUACAAAAUCCAAGUCGAAUGCAACGGACUCACGUGGACUGUGGACCGCCGAUACAAGCAGUUUUACGCCCUCCAUGACGAUGUCCUCCGAGAGGCGGAGAGCCCGUUCAAGAUGUACCUGCCGCCGCUGCCGCCCCGCCGCGCCCUCACGCCCAAAAAGGGCGCGUUCGUGGCCAAGCGUCAGCAGCGCCUGGAAGCAUAUCUGCAGGACAUGGUCGCUCUGCCCCAGUUGGCCCAAGACGUCCGGGUCAUGGUUUUCCUUGGAAUGGUGUCGACAUCUAGAAAUGCCGAGAUGCAUCCGAGUGACAGUAGGAGUGUGCUGCAUGUGUCAGCUGUGCACACCGCGUUGGAGUAUGGCGACGUUCUGCUCUUCAAAACACGCUUUGGGACGUCCAAAGUGCAGAGAAAGUUGACAGGCGCAAGGUAUGACCACGCAGCCAUCGUCGUGCCGGGGUCGGUGCCGGGGCUACUGUCCAUGCUAGAGUCCACGGGCGAAGGCAUUCAAGUGUAUCCCCUCAAAACGAGACUGCUGGCGUAUGGUCGUGAAGUGACGAAUGCGAUCGUGGCGCGGCGGGUGCUGGCGCGCCGGACGCCCGAGACGUUGACCAAGCUGCAGCAGUUUGUGUUGGACGUGAACGGCAACAAGUACAGCAUUGUGGGGAUUCUGAACCGGUCGAAAGUGGACGACAAGGAGAAGACGAGCCACUACUUCUGCUCGGAACUAGUGGCUGCCGCGCUGCAGCACCUCGGGUGGGUACACACGAACGUGCCGCCGAGCUACUUCUGGCCCGGGAGUUUUGCUCAAGGCGGCGAAGUCGAGACGGAUCGGCACUUGACGCCGUCGGUGGCACUUGGCCCAGAGCUCGCCAUUGACUGCAAGAUCAUGGAGGUUGGACGCGCCCAGUAGGAGGCAGUGCAUAUACUGUCCAAAGAGUUAAUAGAAUCAAGACAUCCUGUCGCAUAUUGCUUGAAUAACAAC